GCCGAUAUUGAAGGUUUCUAGAUUUGCAGUGUUGGGUUGAGGAGAGGUCGAGCAGGCAAUUCCUUUCAUUGUCAACAGAGGAGUCGAAUUACGAAGAAGCUCUUGGUAUCGAGAUAUAUCGAGAGCGACAAUUGUGACUCGUACAAGGCCGAAAGUGUUAAAAGACGAGGUGGAACAAUCAUAGAUUUCUCAGUCGCUAUUCUGGUUGACUAAAGGCUAGAACGCCGUCAGCUCAGCGAUAAAGCAUUCUUAAACUUCAUCACGUCUCAUCCCGACAUAAAUUUUGCAAAACAAACUCGUCGCGAUGCUACGAGGUUACCCCCUCCCCCUUCUUUCCCUCCUCCUAAUCACCCCUCCAAUCCUACCUCACGUCGCGGCUCAAUCUUCCAAUAACACUUUAACCAUCGUCGACGGCAGCGCCAGUGAUUACGUCUACAUAGGGUGCUGGAACGAGACCUCCGCGCUCCCGGGAACUACGGGACUUCGCGCCCUGGAUGGCGCCAGCGAGACACUACCAGAGGAGAUGACGGUAGAGCGGUGUCUGCACUUCUGCGCGCACGACCGCCCGUCGCGCCCAUACCAACUCGCGGGCCUAGAGUACUCACGCGAGUGCUGGUGCGGCGACGAGCUGAAUUCCCUUAGCGAGCGCUUGUCAGACGGUGCUUGCGACACAUCCUGUGAUGGUGCGAAUACGACGGCGUGUGGCGGCGCGCUGAGAUUGAGUCUUUAUAAUUCUACUUUUGUUGAUGCGAACGAUAAGAGCGGCGCUGGGGAGUUGAGGGCGGAUGGAGCUUGGAAGGGCGCGGUUUUUGGCGCGGUCGUUCUGACGUUGGGAUUUGCUUUCGCGGGCUGAAUAAUUAAUUGAGGGUUGAUGUAUACUAUUUUGUGAGUGUAGCGUUUGACUGUAUGAGGCAUGUUGUGUUCAUGAGCAUGAUGGAACGUUGGUGGGAUCGUUGCCCUAA